GUUAAAUUAACUUAGCAUCACAAGUGGAUUCUCCAAGAUUAAUUAAAUUUUUACAUGAUUAAGAAAGCUAAUAUCGUAAGACGGCGCAGGGUUAGGAGGGUAGUUGCCAUGAGGCGGAUAAACGCCGGAAGCAGAGGAGUAGUACGCUGGCGGCGGCCGCGGUGGCGGUGGCGGUGGCGGAUACCUACCGUAAUGCAUCAUGUUGGAAAACAAAACGAGGAAUAUUUCCAUAAUAUGUCAAUAAUUUUUUAUUUAUUUAUUGUAUAGGCAUCUAUAAGAGUUCAAAUGCCAAUAAUAUUGGUAUCUUAUUAAAUAUUUAAACAAUAAAUAACUUAAUUAUCCAUUCUUGGAGCUCAACGAUCGAGGUUUGGGGCCUUGAGCUUCAAAAACUUUCAAAUUUGUCAUUUAAAAUUCAUUAAUUAUUUUUUUUUCAAAUUGUCCUUUAAACCCUGAUUAUUAUCGUUGUUAAGUCAAACUCUAAAAUGGAAAUUUCCCUAAUCUACUUCUUAGUUAUGAUUUAGUCCAAGCUUAAAGAGUGAGACAAUGUGUUCGCUAUGCCUUUAAAGGCAUGAUAUUAAUGGGAGAACAACAAACAGAGUUCGACAUCCAUGGAGAUGGAGGAGGAAGACUUCAUCGACAUGGACUUCGUUUCCUCUUCGCCGGAGUUCGAGUUCCACAUGACCGCCGAUGAUCCACCCCUGCCCUCCCCCGCAGACGAGCUCUUCUACAUGGGUAAGCUCCUCCCCCUCCACCUCCCCCCUCGCCUCCAAAUGCUCGAACAGCUCCUCCGCGACACCUCCGCCGCCGUCGCAACGGCCUACCAUUCCUGCAACGCCAACGGCGAGCUCAACCCCAAGAAGUCCUGGACCAAGAAGAUCAAGGAGGCCACUCUCGGCCUCAAAGUCGAUGCCUCAAGAUCUUACUUCAGAUCCCUGUUCCACAGAUCUCGGCCUUCCAAUGAGAAAUUGGAAGCCUCCAAAGCCCUGAGGCGCCAUCAAAAUCCGACCUUGUCGGAAGACGAGAGCAGGAGCAAGCCGUCGUCCUUCUCGAGCGAGUUCAACGGCGGGAAGUCAACGCCGAGACGGAGCAGCAGCGCGAGCUCCGACGCCGAGAGCUUGAUCCAGGGAGCGAUUGCCUACUGCAAGAAGAGUAGCCAAUGGGCGGUUGACUCCGAGGCCAGGAAGACCACGAGCAACGACGGCUUCUACUUGCUCUCCGCUUCCAGAAUUGCACCGGAGUGUAAGCAAGCGGAGCUUCCGCACCAGAUUCGGUCGCCGCCGUCUUGCUGUUGUUCCCGUGGAAAAAAGACCAACUUUUGUGAUGCGUAUUUACUUCUCAAACACGAAUCCAAUGCGAUCAAAAAUUUCAUUUUGGCUGUUUCUGCGAACAAGUGAAAGAAGUAGGAUUGUAAAUAAAACCGAGCCAUAUUUAUUUAAUAAGAUAACUAAGCUAAGUGAAGCGUAAAAUUAAUUAAAG